AUGUGGUCGAUUCUUGUCUUUCUAGUUUACGUGUUGACAACUACUGCUCAAAUAGUCAGACCCGGUGGAUGUCCAAAAGCUGUUACUCAAACCACGCUUGAUUUACCACAAUACCUAGGAAACUGGUAUGAAAUAUACAAAUUUUGGGCAAUUUUUGAAGUUGGACAAAAAUGUGUAGAAGCCCACUAUACACUGAAGGAUAACGGCCAUGUCAAAGUGGAAAACUCUGGUACCAGAUUUGGAAGCAAAGUUGAAGCAUUGGGUGAUCUUUAUAUGCCAGACUCUAACCGCCCUGCUAAUCUGAAAGUUAAGUUUGGUAACAGUGCUCCAUAUGGAGACUACUGGGUGUUGGAUACUGAUUAUAAAAACUAUACAUUGAUUUACUCAUGUGGUUCUUUACUUGGACCACUCGGACAUGUAGAGUCAGCGUGGAUAUUAGGUAGACAGAGGACUUUGGAACAAUCUAUUGUAGACAAACUUUUUGCUAAAGCCAAAUCUUUUGGAAUAAAUACAGACCAUUUUUCAAAGACCGAUCAAAGUGGUUGUUAAAAGACAUUAUUUCUUGUGAUAUUAUA